CAAAGUAUAAAUGCCGAGACGCAAAAGUUAUCAGCUCAUACCUCCAGACUUGGCCUUUAGGGUCACCAACCCGCUGCGAGAGAACUGAGAGCAACUACAGUCAGAGUCGGCGGCGCCAGAGGCUGGGAGCUAGGAGAACUUGGAUACUUCCCAGACGAACAAACUAAAUUACCAUGAAGUCGACAUGUCUGCUCAUCCUGGCUUCUCUCACGGUCUGCAACUUGGCGGUGUCUGGAGGACAGGGCAUCCCUGCUGAGGAUGAGACGGAUCGAAGGACCAUAGACGACAUGAUACUACAGAGAGCAGAAAAUCUGCUGUUACGGUCCAUUCUUAAAAAGCUGCAGGAGGAAGACGGCAGAAACGAGGGGUUUUAUUCGCUGCCGGAAUGGGUGACAAAGAGGCAGCAUCCUGGUAAGAGGUACGGCGAGGAUUUGGAGAAGCGGCAGCAUCCAGGGAGGAGAGAAGAGGACGAGGACGAGCAGUACUUGGAUGUGCAAAAGAGACAGCACCCGGGCAAACGCGAAGAUGAGAUGCACUCGUUCAUGGAGCUCCAGAAAAGGCAACACCCGGGAAAGCGCUCCGCUGCGGAACACAAUUCUGACGACCCCCUGGUGCUGCUCAGUGAACUUUCUAAACGACAGCACCCAGGCAAGCGUUACCUGGUAUUGCACAGCAAGCGCCAGCACCCAGGUAAGCGCCAUCCCGAGGACGAGGACGACGACGGGGACUGGGAUGCCGACGCGGAUGGAGAAGAAGACCUGUCCGAGUUGGAAAAGCGUCAGCAUCCCGGAAAACGCUUUUGGGAUAACUCGAGUCCGGAUUUAGGCACAAACAGUCCGUGUGACGUUUUGGACGCUGCCAGUUGCAGCAAGACCAGUCUGCUGCUCGACUUUUUAGACAACAUUAACAAGAACCACUCCGAGGAGAAGAGACAACACCCGGGUAAAAGGCUCGCGCCGGAGGAGGAUUUAGAGGAAGGAGAGUAGGUUCAGUCUGGUGUGCGUAAACUGCUGUAUUGUAAGCGAAUAAAUGUAUAAACUAAGUGACCAUAAUGAAUUGUGAAAAAUGAAAAAAGAAAUUUACUUCAUUUAACCCUUUGUGCCACUGUAUUUUCUUUGGCAGACAGUCACUGUUUCACUGCAGAUGACGUUUUCGUUGGAGAGCCUAUGCGUAAAAACUUUGGACUGACUAUAUCUCUGUACAUAUGGUUUUCAGAAGAGUUGCUGCCUCGCGUUGAUCUACUAUUAAUUAAUAUUUAUGAAAUUAUUAGGGAUUAUUCCGUUUAAAUACCUGUGCGUAUUGCGAGUCCAAGGAUUAAAGCAUUAGUCAAGUGGCUUCAGCGAUGUUGCCUCUGUGAGGAAACACACGCUGGUCAGUCGCCUGCAGUUCAUGCUUGAGUUAAAAUGAACGUUUACAGUAACAGGAUCUCCCUUCAUUGAUUGUGUUUCGUUAUUUUCUACCAGUGUAAAAUAUAUCAAAUACCACAGCAUAUAAAUUGUGUCACUGAUUAUUUUUCUACAUUUCUGCAUGGAAAUAAGUUCAUGAUGUUGAAAAUGAAAAGCUGCUUUGCCUUAAAGUCAACCACCCAAUGUUUUUGUUGGACAACACCAGAAAUGUCAUAUUUAGUUGCAGUAAAUGUAUGUCUCACUAUUAAACUGUUUAUUCAACCCAA